AUGUCUUUCAAGAAUGAUGCCUUUCCCGCCUCUGCGGCCUUCGACGUUAUCAAUAGCGCGAUUACAUCUUCUGAUGCCGAACGAAAAGAUGCCAUCAAGAAAGGGAAUGCUAUUUUCGCCUUCACAUUGAAGAACAAGGCCGGGGAGACGGACAGCUGGCACAUUGAUCUCAAGUCGAAAGGAGAGGUUGGAAAGGGUCUUGGAGAUGAGCCUACAGUUGUCCUUUCUCUUUCUGACGAAGACUUCGGCAAGUUAGUUGAAGGCAAGGCGAACGCACAACGGUUAUUCAUGUCAGGCAAGCUGAAGGUCAAGGGGGAUGUCAUGAAAGCCACCAAGCUAAAUCCAAUAUUGAGCAAGGCGCAGACUGCCAAGGCGAAGCUUUAG